GCCGUGUUACUUUCGAUGUUGGUCUCCCCCUAUAUAAGUGCACCCGCUCUCCCGGCUUCAGCUAACGACCUCAAGCACACUACUAGCUCCGGCUCACUUAGCUCCCUACUGAUCACUGGAACACUCAUGACCAAGAAGGUGAUACCGGCCAUGGCGGCGGCGAGGCAGGAUUCUUGCAAGACCAAGCUUGAUGAGCGUGGGGGUAGUCAUCAGGCUCCGAGCUCCGCGCGGUGGAUCUCGUCCGAGCAGGAGCACAGCAUCAUCGUCGCGGCUCUGCGGUACGUGGUGUCCGGGUGCACCACGCCGCCGCCGGAGAUCGUCACGGUGGCGUGCGGGGAGGCGUGUGCUCUGUGCGGCAUCGACGGCUGUCUCGGGUGCGACUUCUUUGGGGCCGAGGCGGCGGGGAACGAGGAGGCGGUAAUGGCGACGGAUUAUGCUGCUGCUGCUGCUGCGGCCGCGGUGGCAGGAGGAUCAGGCGGGAAGAGGGUUAGGCGGAGGAGGAAGAAGAACGUGUACCGCGGCGUGCGGCAUCGGCCGUGGGGGAAGUGGGCAGCGGAGAUACGCGACCCGCGCCGCGCGGUGCGCAAGUGGCUCGGGACGUUCGACACCGCCGAGGAGGCCGCCAGGGCGUACGACCGCGCCGCCCUCGAGUUCCGCGGCGCGCGCGCGAAGCUCAACUUCCCGUGCUCCGAGCCUUUGCCCAUGCCCAGCCAAAGAAACGGCAAUGGCGGCGAUGCUGUCACGGCGGCGACGACAACGGCAGAGCAGAUGACUCCGACUCUGUCGCCGUGCAGCGCGGAUGCCGAGGAGACGACGACGCCGGUGGAUUGGCAGAUGGGCGCGGACGAAGCCGGCAGCAACCAGCUCUGGGAUGGCUUGCAGGACCUGAUGAAGCUGGAUGAAGCGGACACCUGGUUCCCGCCAUUUUCCGGUGCAGCGUCUAGUUUUUGAGCUAGUGUUAUUAGAUCUCAACCGUUGGAUUAGAUUACUGGAAGGCCAUUCAUUUAUUCGUUUCAUUGUAUAGCUAAUUAGCUAUACUUCAUUGUUUGUGCAGAGCACGUUUUUUAGGAGUACCGUCUUAUACAUAUUUUUUUGUACAGAGUAGAAAGUAACAAGAAUUUUGUAUAUUGAUGGAAUAGAUUAUUUCCAAUUAAUA